AGGAGUAAGUCGCACCAAGCUAAUGCCUCAGCUUAGCACAGGCGCUGGAAUAUGUUGGCAAACACCGAGUGGAGGGAAAGUGGUGGAGCAGCGUGCUUACUGUCGGAUGGACACUGGAGUGGACAAGAGAGCGGGCACGCUUAUGGCAGGACAGACAAAGGCGCUCAGGCUGGAGUGGUGCUGCCUUAUCCCCGUGGCAACGCUGUGGCUGGUGGUGCAGGAGGAGGCCCCCCUGUACCCUUCAGUGGACCUGGCUGAGGUCAGGGUCAGACUGCUGUUGGUUGCAGGACUGUGCCUAUUGGUGGGCCUUGGAGUCCUGGCCCUCAGGUACAACAACCCCACUGCCCAACUCCAAGAGCACCAGAAAGAAGUCUUGUCCUCAACACAUAGUAAUAUGGUGAUGGCAAGACAGAAUGCCAUGAACACACAGACAUGCAUGCCUGGAGGGGGCGCUGUGGGACUCCCAGGCCCUGCAGUCCAGGCCCUUAUGGACUGUCUGGUGCUGUCACUGCUCCAGGAGCCUGAGCUCACCUUGUCCCCCUUCAGUGUGCUUCCCCUCGUCUCCAAGCUGGAGGCAUUAUCAAAAGCACUCCAGAGGGCAGAUGCCCUUUGGGACCCACCGUUGCCAGAGAGACAAGGGCAGGAAGAAAACAAGGAUGAUGUCAUAAAAGAAAGGAUUAAGGAUAUAAACACGUAUCUAAAGGAAAGACUUGAGGCCCUCCACUGUCUACAGCAGCUACAGACUGAGUUUGAGGCCUGUGUUCAGGACACACAUGGCCAGCUGCAGAAGCACUGGACCCAGCUGGAGGAGCUGCACGUCAGCGUCACCAUCAGCCCCACGCACACCGACAGCCUCCCGGAGUCCAGCCAGGCGCUCACGGACACCCAGCGUUUGUUUUCAGAACUGGACCGCUCCAAGAGCAGUGUUCAACAAUGUCAGACAUCCCAGGCUGCCAACUCAAAGAUCCUUAAGAAUUUAGACCACAGCUGGCUUGAGCUGAGUAAGACUGUGAACACCGAGCUGCUCUGCCCAAGCUGGACCUCAGAUCUACUCCAAUCCAACAAUGACAAGGUUAAUGAUGUUCUUCAGAACUCAACGUCUUUGGAGCAACAGACAUCUACAUUUGUGGUGCAUUUAAAGGGUCUUGAGAAAGCAGUGAGUUUAGACAAGAAGCAGAUCACCAGAUCUAGUUCUCUGCCUGCCAAUAGGUCUGUGCAAGAUACCACUCAUCAGUCAGCCUUUGAGAAAUCAAUCAAAACCCUCUUCAGAGUGAAAUCUACUGGAUUUCGUGGCCUGAGAAGAAAAAGGAAAUGAACUUUGAACCUGGCACUUUUUGUGUGAACAGUGCAAAUUGGAUACUUGAGGAGUCUCUGUUAUAUGGAUAUGUAUGCUAUGGCCAACUGUGCAAUAGUUUUUCAUGAAGGAUUAUAUGUUUUUGUCAAUAAGGAAUGUACAUUUUUGUCAAUGAGUAUAGUGUCAGGUAAAUAAUAUUUUAUUAAAAUACUUAUU